AUGACAAAGUCACCUGAAUGGGUCAAAACUAAACUAAACCAAGCGACGACGCUGCUGCGCAGCCUGCGGGGCCAUGAGACAGCACCGAGCUGCCGGGGCCGGGACGAGCCGCCAAAGCCCCGCGGAGCGCAGCGCUUUGCCCCGCCGCCUCCUAAAGGCGACCAGUCCCGGCUGCCCGCGCCCGCCGCCAUACAGGUGACGGUGCGCGACGCGCUGAACCAGGCGCUGGAUGAGGAGCUGGAGCGCGACGAGCGCGUCUUCCUGCUCGGCGAGGAGGUGGCCCAGUACGACGGCGCCUACAAGAUCUCCCGGGGUCUCUGGAAGAAGUUUGGGGACAAGAGGAUAAUCGACACCCCCAUUUCAGAGAUGGGCUUCACGGGAAUUGCUGUUGGUGCUGCCAUGGCUGGGCUGAGGCCAGUGUGUGAAUUCAUGACAUUCAACUUCUCCAUGCAAGCCAUAGACCAGGUCAUUAACUCCGCGGCCAAGACCUGCUACAUGUCCGCGGGAUCCAUCGCUGUGCCCAUCGUCUUCAGGGGCCCCAACGGGGCAUCCGCUGGGGUCGCUGCCCAGCACUCGCAGUGCUUUGCUGCUUGGUACGGGCACUGCCCAGGACUGAAAGUUGUUAGUCCGUGGAGCUCAGAGGAUGCGAAAGGUCUGCUGAAAACCUCCAUCCGGGAUGAUAAUCCAGUUGUGAUGCUGGAGAAUGAACUGCUGUACGGUGUUCCCUUUGAAAUGUCGGAAGAGGCACAGUCAAAGGAUUUUCUUGUUCCAAUUGGAAAGGCCAAAGUAGAAAGGCAAGGAACACACGUUACUUUAGUGUCACACUCAAGACCUGUGGGACACUGCUUGGAGGCUGCUGCUGUACUUGCCAAGGAAGGUGUUGAGUGCGAGGUUAUAAAUCUGCGUACCAUUCGACCAAUGGACAUAGAAACAAUAGAAGCCAGCGUCGUAAAGACAAAUCAUCUUGUAACUGUAGAAGGAGGAUGGCCACAGUUUGGAGUAGGAGCUGAAAUCUGUGCCAGGAUCAUGGAAGGGCCUGCUUUUAACUACUUGGAUGCUCCAGCUGUCCGUGUUACAGGUGCAGAUGUUCCAAUGCCUUAUGCAAAAAUUUUAGAAGAUAACUGCAUACCUCAAGUAAAGGAUAUAAUAUUUGCAGUGAAGAAAACUUUAAAUAUCUAAAUUGUAAAUACA